AUGUCUCCUUUGUAUGUUGGGCUGGUCGCCUUGGUGCUCCUCGUGUUCGCGCGAUUCGAUGGGGCUUCUGGUGAUGCGUCUUCUUCCUGGGAGCGGGAUGCUGGUCCUCGGCGGGCGCUUCUCCGUGAUCUAGUAGGCGGCGGUGGCGAGCUCCCCGACGCCGCCUUGGAGCUGAAUACCUCAACUUUCGAUGCCGUCCUGGGGCGGUCGCCCGCACGGUUCGCAGUGGUAGAGUUCUUCGCUAGCUGGUGAGGUCCUCCAUUUGCUCAUAUUCCCAUGUUUUGUUCUGUUUGCCGAUCGAAUCCGGUAAUUCUUUUUCUUGGUUUUUCCGAAAUCACGGAACAAUCAAUUUAGUAAUGGUGUCCAUGAUCUGAUGAUACUUGUUGUUCAUUGAACUGCUUUGUUCACAAUUCUCCUAAUUUUUCCCCUCGAUGAAUCGAUGAGGAACCUUUCUGGAAAUUACUACCAGUGAGGUCGACGGCAGGUGCUGUAGAAUCCUUCCCCGCAACCACCAGCGUCCGGUCUCGCCAUCCAAUUUGAUGGUUUAUUUUCCUCGCAUAACCACUCCCGAGUGUAAAUAACAACGAUAACGUAGAACCAGCCUAAUUUCAUUGUACCGCAUUUCUCGUAAGUUUCUAUUUGAUGGAUUACGUUACUGACAUGAAUGGUCCUCCCGUGUUUUUCUAUAAAAAAUAUUUCCUUUAAUUUAGGAAUAUCUUUUGUUUAUUUUCGGCUCAUUCCUUUUAUGUGUGUUUUGGCUACCAAGCAUUUUUCUCAAUGACUUCCCGUUGUUGAUUGCCUUUGCUUUCCUUUGAUCGUAAAGACUACUGAUAUGAAAUAGAAAAAUUACUUGAUCAUAUCUUUUUUUUCUCAUUAUACGAUAUUUCUUGUAAAUGGAGACUUUUGGACGAUAUGCUGCAGGGAAUGGUUUGGUGUCGUGUCCUCGUAACAAUUCCUGCGGUUCGUGAAUCAUUUUUUAUCUCUGCUUUAAUCUUGCCUUUUGUUUUAGUUUCGGUCACUUACCGGUUUUGCGACUCGGUUAUUUGUUUCCUCCAAAUUUCUUCCUCUUUAGCGCGAACAGAAAUUCUGAUCAGCCACUGGUACUGAAUACUGCAGGUGUCCUGCUUGCAGAAAUUAUAAGGUAUCUCUGUCAUCGAUGCCAAAUCUGGUGGCCUUUCAUUCGUAACUGAUUUGUUGUUCAAUCAACAAAUAUACAGCCUCAUUAUGAGAAAGUUGCGAGGAUUUUUAAUGGAGCUAAUGCAGUGCACCCCGGAAUCGUAGUCAUGACUAGGGUAGAUUGUGCACAAAAGGUAUGCAGUUCGAGUGAUUUUCAUUUGAUCAGAAUGUGAAAUUAUAUGUGAUAAUUUUGCUCUAUAUUUUGCCUUUGUGCUUUCAUUAAAGACGGAAUAAAUGCACUGACUAUUUCACGCAUCAUAUUGGUUACCUUGAUUUCGUGCUAGCAAGUUUUCCACUCCAUUUUUGUUCAUGCCUAAAGGAUCUCAUAUGAUAAACAAAUGUGGGUCGUCAAAUGUACUGAUGUGCUAGAUGUUUCUGGAAUGCAAUGCAAAAGUGGUAAAUUGGACUAGAGAUUAGAAGAUACAUUCGAACGUGUUUCUGAUGCAUCUCUUCUUUUUUUUUUGUGUGGUGGCACAGAUGAAUGUGAAACUUUGUGAUAGAUUUUCAGUUUCUCAUUAUCCCACGCUUCUAUGGGGUCCUCCUUCUAAGUUUAUAUCCGGCAAAUGGAGCCCUGAGAAAGAGGACAGUGGAAUACAAGCUAUAGAUAAUGGACGCACUGCAGAAAUUCUACUAAACUGGAUUAACGAGAGACUUGGAAGGCAAGCACUCAAACCUUCGUUUCGAGUAACCUUUUUUUAUAAAAUCUGGUAACCUUAUUGAGAAAAAUUAAUUCCUUUCGACUACCUGCUUUUGUCUCUCUUAUGUUUUUCUUUUUUAGGCCGGAGCAGAUGCUAACAGACUAUCUGAAAAUGUCUUCUGCAUCUUUUUUCAAUCUUAGCUCUCCCUGUCUUCGAUUUUUUUUUUCCGCUAUCUAUUUCAUAAGAAUAGGUAUGAGUUGUGGGAUAUCUUUGAGCGGGAGACACCUAAACAUAGACAUUAUUUUCUUCACUCAUUGUUUGGGGAUCGGUGAUAGGAAAAAAAAUUAGGUCACUUUUCCUAUUUUAAUGCGAUGAAGUCACGGAUAGAGUCUAAGGUUAUGAAUAUUGCUAAGGCGAAGCCUAAGUGAAGAAGAUUCUUCAAAUUAAAGUAGAUUCUUAUUGGAAUAAAGUUAUGUAUGCGCAGAACUCUUGACUUCCUUAUGUGGGCGGUCUUCUAUAAUUUUGAUCCUACUUUUUUUUAGCCAUUCAAAUUCAGCACCUGGUGCAAAUAUCAUAUUGUACGACGGUUGUUUGAUGUUCAUGUGAAGCAUACAUUGGCUUAUACCUGGGGUUGCUUUGAUUGCUCAUUGUAUAUGGAACCGGAUACUGGGUUGUAGUCAUUAGGCGGUUCACAGAGGCCAUCUGGAUGUUCUGAAAUAUUGAUAAUACGGCAUUGCAGCGAGUCAGGAAAGACCUUUUUUACUGACCAGCGGUUACUGACGAGCGAGCGACCAGAGGUGUGUGCAAUAAUUAUCCCGAUUGCAACAACGCCCCCUUAAAGGAUCUAGCAUAUAAUCAAAUGAAUUUGAAUGGAAUGAACAUUUUGCUUAUUUAUGUACUCACCAACUUGCCAUGGUCUGACAAUCUUGGCCAAAUCAGGCUCUGUGGCCAACUUGGAAACUUGAAAAGCAACUAGGGCGUGGGCCAUAUUAGGUCAGAUGCAUCAGUGUUCUGGAAAGGAGGAUAGACAAUCUCGCUGUUGCGAUCACCAUCCGCCAUUAAGAUACAAUUAUGCGUAUUUGCCACUGCCAGUGUUCACGGAUAUUCCCACUACUCAUACCUUCCCUGAUUUUCUUCGUCUUCCAUCUGCCCCCUGUGAAACUUUAGGCCCUUCAUCGUUUUCUGGAGCAGAAGGUAACAAUUACUAUACAGUAAGAGAGAUCAAUGGGUCUAUUCUUCCGUUUUAAUAUCAUUUAUUCAGGAAUAUACCUCUUAAAAUGUAAACAUGGGAGUCAUAUUUUUGAAUUUUUACCAACCCAACGUCGGUCAUAUUUGGGAUUCAUUUGAGGUCAGCAACAGUUGGAUGCAAAGGACUAACUGGGUAUCAAAUUGGCCCAGUAUGUGGUUUGGUGUUCCCACGCUGUUCCAAGUCUGAUCUACCUAUGGCAUGACCAAGUUUGGGCUAUCUCUGUGAGGAUGUCAAGGCAAUUUGCGAGGAGUCAAUAAACCAUGGCGUCCAGUUACAUAAUAAAAUGGGGGAUCAAGUGGUAAAAGUUAAGAAUCGCAUCAAAUUUUCCUAGAAAUCAUAAUUUCCUUUCCAAAAUUUGUUCUUAGUGCUAUCCGCAUAUGUAGUGUGUUUUUCAUUAAAUGAAAGAAGGAAUGAAGAGAAAGUAAAUGAUACGUACAUGGUGAUUAUAAUUUAUUUGGGGAUCUAUCUAUUUUUACUUAAAUCCUAAGCAUUGAAAGAUAGGCCUAUCCGUUGUAAUUUACUGAUCAUACCUUUGUGAUAUACCCACUAACAACUUUCGAAUUACAUGAUGCAGAGGUAUUUACUCGGGAUUAAUUGACCAAUGUCUGCAUGCCUUAUCUAGGAUUAUUAAUAUAGGCAUCUGUUGUUCCUUUGCAGCUUUUUGUAUUUCCAAUACUAUAUUCUAUUAUCCUUUUUAGCCGGACAUGGAUAGAGUUCACCUUUUUUGUUGGGAUAUGAAUCAAAUCUAAUUCGUAUGUAUGAAUCUUAUCUGAUACCUCACUAUUUUCAGCUCAUUCGGUUUACAAUACGAAAAAUUUGACAAUGAAAAUACUCUUCUGCAUAAUCCAUCAGAUCCAGAGCAGGUAGUUUCUGUAGAACCUUUUUUGGGCUAAGUUAUGUUUAGUCAGUUUUUUUAUAGCUAUUUUUGGCACGCGGUAAUUUUCCGUUUGGUAUUUCUGUAAUUUAAUUUUAGCGAGCACCUUUUCAUUACUUUGUGUACUUGAUUCAAGAUUUCUCGGGCUAUCUAUGAUGUUGAAGAGGCAACAGUGGAAGCAUUCAACAUCAUUUUACAUCACAAGGUUAUAGAUAUCCUUAAUUUUCAAUGGAUUAAGUUUCUACGGCUUUUUCAUUUCUCAUAUUUGUUGUACGAUGCUCAGAUGAUCAAGCCAAAGACCCAUGCUCCUCUUAUAAAGUUCUUCCAGCUUAUUGUUGCUCAUCAUCCUUCCAAAAGGUUCAAGCAGAAAGCUUCCUCAUAGAUUUUGUCAUCUGCGAUCCGCUGCUUUCUCAUUUACAGUAGAAAUUCACUAAUAGGUGCCGGAGGGGAAGUGCUGAGGUUCUGGUGAACUUUGAUGACUUGUGGCCUUUGAAUUCUUCUUCGGCCAGUUCAAAAGACAUUGAUAUUCCCAAUGAGAAUAGUGCCAUAACAAAUUUUCAUAUUUGUGGAAAGGAAGUUCCGCGUGGAUAUUGGGUGAGUAUGUUGGCCUUUUGGUCCCUAUUCUUAGAAUUUGGUUUCUCCAUACUGAACUAAUUGUCAAAUAACAAAGUAUGGCUACUGUGCUACUAUCAAUAUUUUUUUUUUUUCUCAGUUUAGAUGCAUGCAUCAUUUGCUGAUUAUUUUCAGUUCAUUUUUUAUUGUAAUCCUGGGACUCUGAGCUCUUGAAUAAACUUUUUUCUUCCUCAAAACCUUAUAAGCAGAUAAUGGAAAUAAGAAUGCAGCCAGCAGUCGGAUAACUGUGAAACUAUCUUUCAUGGUGAUUAUUGUGGACACAGGAAUUUGCAGCAGGAAUCGUAUUAAAAAGAAAGUUCGUCUGCUUGUCGAGUUAUUAUUUGGUUUGGUUAUAUAAGAUCAGAGGAUUGGUGAGAGUACUGUGCAAGCAGAUUGGACAGCCGUUUGUUAUUUUGGGGAGGUCGGAAAGCUUUAGUUAUCUGAACGUUGCUUGAUGUAGGCCAAAGUUUCUGUUAAUGGUUUUGGGUCUCAAUGGGUUUAGUUUUUGAUACGAUUCCCUUCUCUCCUCUUAGACAAAGAAGGGAAAACGAGCAAUGUAUUCAAAGAAAACAGAGAAAACAAUGAACAGACAGGAAUUAAUUCGAGAGAAUUCCCCACUCUCUCUUUCCUCUCGUGACCUUCUACCGUGAUACCCCCUCUUAUUCACAGAGGAGGGUAUUUAUAUUGUUCAGCCCGUUCCUAUCCCAGUGUUUACUACAUAAACUUGUAGACUAUUCUCUUAUGGCGAACAUGUUUUUACGGGUAUUGUAUCAGUUUUUUUUGACAAUCUAAUGAUAUUGUGGCGCCACCCACUUAAAGAAAAUGAAUUUCCAAUUUCUCUAGGAAGAACCAACCCUGAAUUUCAGUUAUUUUUGCCUGGAAACUGUGAUUCCCUUGUAAUCUGAAUCUGUGAGAUUUUCAACGGUGAUGAGUUUGUGUUUGCAUAUUUUUUCUCAGAAUUUCGGGACGAAAUGGUAGAAACUCGUCUGACUGAUAUAUUUUUUUGGUUGAUAGCAUCGUAAGUCUCUCUAAACUUGCUUAUUAAUAUCAUCAUAUCAAUGAUGCUGCAGAUAUUUUGUCGUCGGAGUAAUAAUGAAACCAGGGAUUUCAGGUGAGUAGAACUCUUAUCCUCUCAUAUUUCUUUUCAUUGUAUCACUUUUAACUAUCAGAUGUCGAUGUGUCUAGCUCUCUCUUUUUUCUUCUUUUUUUUUUGUUGAAAAUUUUUGGUGGCCUGUCCGUGUUACAUCACUGAUAUGAAACAGUAACUUGGCUAAAAAGCCUGGCAAAGCCUGGCAAUUGAACCCUAGACGGAUCCAAUUGCAGCACCUACAUAGGGAGGUUUAUAGAAACAUCUCUGGUAAGAAUUUCUCCAAAAUAAUAGCCUUUUUAAGACAAUUUCUUCAAAAAUAGUGCCCCCCCCCCUUCCCACCCCUGUUCUUACUCUCUCAUGGCCUGGGGAUGCGUCGAGUUUCCUCUUUCCCACUAUGUUCUGUUCAUAGCAUCAACCCUACACAUUCCGCCCAUUCGAUCUCCCUCAUUCAUCAGUCCACUAGCUUUUGGGUUUGCUUUCAUGGUGUUCUUAUCUGGUCACAUCACAUCAAGCACUUAUUCAUUUUCUUUCCCUCUUAGCUCCCGAAACGUGUCCGGGAGCAUUACUAAUAACAUUAUUGCGAAGUAUGGCAUAAGAUGAAGACCUAGCGAUUUAUAUUUUUUCAGCUGUGGCCUCUGGAUUCUCCUGCACUCGCUCUCUGUGAGAGUCCGGGAUGAGGAGAGCUCCCUGGCUUUCACCACCAUCUGCGAAUUCAUCCACAGUUUCUUCGCCUGCGAGGAAUGCCGGCGCCACUUCUACAAGAUGUGCUCCAGGUGAAGCACCGAGUUUUCUUUCUUUUUUUUUCUUUUCGCUUGAAAAAAAUGAGAAUCUGCUGUAGUUUCCUGUUGCUGGGUUUUUUGUUUUUCCCCUGAUAUGGAGUCAAAGUCCCCGCCUUUUGACUUUGCCGCAGCGUAGCCGCGCCUCCGAACACUACCCGGGAGCUGGCGCUCUGGCUCUGGAGCUCCCACAACCGGGUCAACGAGAGGCUGCUGAAGACGGAGAGAGAGUCACAAACCGGCGAUCCAAAGUUCCCAAAAAUGGCGUGGCCGCCGAGCCAGCUGUGCCCGUCCUGUUACCGCUCCUCCCCCGCGAAGGAGGCGGGAGUCAGCGGCGGCGGCGGUAGCGGCGGCGCCAGCUUCCGGGUGGAUUGGAGCGAGGACGACGUGUUCAGCUUCCUCGCCAGAUACUACGGCGCCACGCUGGCGUCCUCGUACAAGGACGACGACCAGAUCAACAGGGGGGGCGGCGGCGGCGACGACUCGGCGGGGGGAGAUGAGGUGGCUUCCACGGGGGCCAUGGCGGUGCCGCUUGGCGCCGCGCUGGGCAUCGCCCUCGCCAGCUGUGCAUUUGGCGCCCUGGCCUGCUUCUGGAGGACGCAGCAGAAGAAGCGGAAGUACUUUCGCCAACUUCACUCUUUAAAGAACAUCUGA